CUUCUCAUACAAGUCAGAGCCUUUAAGCAAACCCAACAAAACCUUCAAAAACUUACAUCAAUCUCACAAUUUACUUAGCUUUCCUUUCCACAAAAAUGGUUCCAAUCUUGUCACCCAAGUAUGCUCUCCUCUUCUUUUCUUGCACCUUUGUUCUCAACUUCUUAUUCAUUCCCAUCUCUGCCCUCAACAUUGGAGUUGAAACCACUGGAAUCACUGUCUCUGUGAGCAAAGAGUGUAGCAGAAAUUGUGAAUCAAGCUUCUGUUCAGUGCCUCCAUUAUUGAGGUAUGGCAAGUACUGUGGACUUUUGUAUAGUGGGUGCCCUGGGGAGAGACCUUGUGAUGGCCUUGAUGCUUGUUGUAUGAAUCAUGAUAAAUGUGUGCAAGCCAAAAACAAUGACUACCUAAGUCAAGAGUGCAGCCAAACAUUCAUCAACUGCAUGAAAAAGUUUAAGAACUCAAAAGGUCCUACAUUCAAGGGAAACACAUGUGAAUUGGAUGAUGUAAUUGAAGUUAUUAAUGUUGUGAUGGAAGCCGCUCUACUGGCUGGAAGAGUGUUGCACAAGCCCUAG